AAGGGUUUUUAAUAAUUGGGGAAACGCAGCUGCAAGAGAGGAUCUUCCUUCGGAGAAAUAAUUGUAUUGAGGGCAAUGACGUCGUCGGAGGAGAAGGAAGCUUCAAGCUCCAACCCUAUUCGCAAAGUAUCCUGCACGGCUAGCUUCGACGCGCUCUGGUUCUGCUACUCGCCGGUACAUCAAAUGCAGCAGUAUUACAGGCUUGGCGUUCUUGACAAUUGUUCCCGCCAAUGGAAAGCCAUGGUUGAUUGCUUAAUGCUCAAGACCAAACCCUCAUCUGAAGUCCAGGAAAUUCUGGAAACUCAAGAGAAAUCAAAGUCAAAGUCACACAUCUGGACUUUUCGGACACCAGAAGAAGCUUCUUACUACUGGAAAGAACUUUAUGGUCAUUUAGACGACGAGCCUGAAUGAUGAAAAUAAAAUUGUGCAAUUAAAUGUUAUUUAGUACCUUCUGAUUUUGCCUUAGGAUGAGACAAUUAGAGAUCAAAGGGCCAUGAGAGAAUACAAAUUACUGACCAAGUCAAUUAUUCUCGAAACAAAUCAUUCAUAUUCUUAUAACUUUUUCCCAAUAUGCUUCACCAUAAAUGGUAAAAUUUUGGAAUAAAAAAUUAGAGACAUUUGACAGUUUCAGCACAACAAUAUUCUUACGAAACUUUUAGGGGGUACAAAAAAUUCGACUUCAGCAUUUGUAAAUAAUUAUUCUUGUUAUCUUCUUCAAUGAGUGUCAUUAAAUAGGUCCAUGAAGAACAGAAGUAGCUGUUGCAAUCCCUUUUUUUGUUGUUGAUUAACGUUGAACUCAUCUUGAAUGUUUUCUUCUUUUAUCUAUCAAGCUUUGACAGUGGAGAAACAUUAAAUACA